UUGUCUAGACUAAUUGACUCGCUAUCUGGACGAAAGUACUAACCGCCUCUUCGGUUCUCGUACAUACUCUGAACAUACUCACAGCUCACUUUCGGCUUUCACCAACCCUCAUAUCCGACUGCUGAUCACUCCUCAAACGGAAAAGCCUUCCCUAACCAUGUUACCGCAGAAAAAAAGAGCGAUAAGCGAAGUCGGAGUCCCCCGAGACUGCUAGGCUGACUACAGCUCCUUUGCGCUCCUUAAUGAGGCACGCCCCACCGACUAGUACGACUUGGUGCUAGUGCACAGGCUAAGCUCAUGGUUGGAGAUAAAUAUCUCAUGGGUGCCUGUGCCUUCAAGAUACGCUCGCUCCUUUAUCUUGAAAUUCUACUACUUAGUACGGAGUAGUUGGUGGUCAAAAUGCAAUUGCUAAAUUCGCCUGCAGCGGCGCUCCUCGCCACGGCCCUUAUAGGGCUCGAUCCCGCUGCCGCAGCUGCAUCAAGCUCAUCCUCAGCAGGCGCAUCCGCACCAACCGGCGCAACAUACGCAUCCAAAUUCGACAUCACCACAAGCUGGGGCAAUCUAAGCCCCUACGCCGAUAGCCCCGGCUUCAACGUUCCAAACGGCAUCCCUCAAGGCUGCGAACUCAAGCAAGUGCACAUCCUCCACCGCCACGCGCAACGCUACCCAACACCCUACGAUCUCGACGGCCUGGGCAUGCAGAAGUUCGCACAGAAGCUCAAGAACUACACUGCGCGGCAUCCGCAUAGGACGUUAGCGCAUGGGCCGCUGGCAUUCUUGAAUGAUUGGGAGUAUAAGAUGGGUGAGGAUGAAUUGCUGGGUAGUGGCGCUACGACGGAGGCGACGUCGGGGGCUGAUGCGUGGGGGAGGUAUGGAAGGUUGUUGUACCGGGCUGGGGCUGGGGUUGCAGGAUGGAGUGAGGGGUUGAAUUUUUUCGGGAAUGGGACGAGGAGGGCGAAGCCGGUGUUUAGGACUACGUCGCAGGCAAGGAUUUUGGAGAGUGCGAGGUGGUGGUUGAGCGGCUUCUUUGGUAACUCCGGUGCCAACAGCUCAUACUCGCAGUACGAUCUCGUCGUCAUCCCCGAAGUCGACCCGUUCAACAACACCCUCGCCUCAUACGAUUCUUGUCCCGGUGACUCUCGCGAAGGCUACCAAGGAGACACAGCCGCAGAAUCCUUCCUCCCCGCCCUAACCCACUCCGCCAUAACCCGUCUAUCCCGCUACCUCCCGAAAGACCUCCCCCUAACCCCCUCCGACAUCCUCGCAAUGCUCAACAUGUGUCCCUACGAAUACGCAACCUACAGCACCCAUCCCUCCCCCUCCCCCUUCUGCACGCUCUUCACAGAACAAGAAUGGAAAGACUACGAGUACAUCCUCGACCUGCAGUUCUACGGAAAUUACGGGUUCGGCGCGUCGACGGGUCGUGCACAGGGGAUUGGCUACGUCCUUGAACUCGCAGCGCGAUUACAGUCUAAACUCAUCACUUCCAGCGACACCAGUAUUAACUACACGUAUGACAACAACGAAAAGACUUUCCCGCUAGGCCAGCCAUUAUACAUGGACAUGUCGCACGACGACAUCAUCGUCUCCGUCCUCACAGCCCUGGGACUGGAGUACUUUAAAUACGGCCCUACGGGCCUCCCAGCAUCUAACAUAACACAUGCCCCCUCAAACCGUACUUUCAACCUCAACCAUCUCACACCUUUCGGCGCACGCCUAACCACAGAAGUCUGGAGUUGUCCAUCCCGGGAUUCCAUUAAACACUUGGAUCCCGUGCUGUACUCAAACCCGGAUUUUUCUGGACGAAAGAAUACAACGGAGUAUAUCCGGUUUAUGUUGAAUAAUGCGCCUGUUCCGGUUGAUGGAUUGAAGGGGUGUGAGAAGGGGGUUAAUGGGUUCUGUGCUGUUAAUGACUUUGUGGCUGCGGUGCCGGGAUUGAAGAGGGAUGCAGAUUAUCAGUUUGCUUGUUUUGGAAAGCAUGAUGCUGGGGGGAGACAGGUUGGGGAUGGGAAGCCUGAAUGAAGCAGCGGCACGUAUAUGUUCAGUACGAAGCCCUCAGACAGAGCGGAUGAUACGGACUAUCAAAGUUACCCAAUGAGUGAUAGUCACAUAGGUACGUACAGUAGUUUCUAUAGGGAGAGGGAAGCGAAAUAAAGUGAACAAUACCUUGCCAAAGAUACUCCAGAAAAGAUAAGUAUUUAAAAAUACUUAAAAAAAUGAAAAAAUAAAC